AAUGGUGACAGUUUCAGCCAGAUUUCAGAUUUGCCAUGGCUACCGUCUGUAUUGUGUACAACCAAAUUAAUCUAAAAAGUUCAAAAUAAAUUCUGUUUUGAGCAGAUGCAUGGGUUAUUUCAUAGAAAACUAUUAGUGUGUAGUGAACCCAUUAAAACUCAUUAAAGUUUAAGAACUUGGUUGCUCCUGUAUUAGAUUCUGUUGUUUUUGAUUUUUUUCUUAAGCUGUUGUGGUGAAAAUAUAAAAUAUGCUUGUUUACAAAAAGAGUUUCUUUUUGAAAUAAUUAAGUAAAUUUAUGUGAGUUAUAAACUAUUAAGUAAAGCUAUGUGCACCAAAAUUCUACACUAGAUUCUGUUAUCUUAUUUUAAAAGGGUGUAUCAUCAUUAGUGAAAUUUUUGAAUAGUUCUCUGACCUACAUGAGCCAAGAUGAUGUGUAGGGUGCUUGGUAUUUUAAUGUGGAAGCACAUUAUUGCCAGAAAAAGAAAGUACAUCCGCACUCCAGUCGAGUUUUUAGCUCCAAUUAUCAUCAUAAUACUCCUGUUUGUGUUCAGAGAUGAAAUUAAUCCAAAAAAAAGUCACCCUCGUGAUGCAGAAAUCCCUGAUGUUCACCAAACAGAAACUGUUUCCCUGCUUAAAGUCGGCAAACCACCAGUUGUACUGUACACACCUGUUACAUCCAAAACUAAGGAGUUGAUGAAGCUAGUCAGUGAAAAAUUUGCUAGUAACAAAAGGAGACCAACAGAGUUCCAGCCCUUUGACAAUCUUACUAACAUUGUCAACUUCUCCCAAAGUAUGGAAUAUGAUGAGGCUAUUGUCAUCUUCCAGAAUGUUUCCGAGGAGACGUGGCCAGAGACCCUGAACUACACCAUCCGGAUGAAGAACCCCUUCAUGACGGCAACACCCACCUCUCUCGAUACGGAACUCACCCCACACUCCGGCUAUGGAAUCAUCUAUGAGAAGUUCAUGACGUUGCAAUGGGCAAUCGAUACAAGUUAUCUACAACUACUGACUGGCACAGAAGUUAACCUGAACUUGUACGUGCAAGAGUUCCCGUACAUGAAGCACAAAGGCAAUUCCAUGUCCGCCAUGAUAGCUGAAUGGAUGAAGACCGUCUGCUGGAUGUCACUGCUACUGCCAUUCCUAUUCCUCAUGACGAGGCUGCUGGAAGAACGGGCCACAGGGAUACAGGAAUUGAUGAAAAUGAUGGGUGUUCAGCGAGGACCGCUAUGGAUGGCACACGUGGGUAACGCCCUAGGACCAGGGUUGGUGUUCGCGGCUCUCACCGGUAUCCUGCUCACUGCGUCCACCAAUCCCUUGCUGGCCAACACCAACGGGUUCCUCAUAUUCCUGCUGCUCUUGGUGUACUACUUCACCGUCAUUGGAAUGGCCUUCGCGUCGAGCUACCUCACGAAGAGCACUCAAUAUGCGGUGACGCUCUGUGUGCUGACAUACGUGUUCCUGUGGAUUCCGGCCGCGCAGAUCACCCAGCGCGAGAUAGAUUCGCCUCUAGUCGUGCUGUCAGGCCUUCUACCCCACGUGCCUAUGACCUGGAUAUGGACGGAGGUUGGCCAGCUGGAAAAGUAUGGUCAAGGCCUGACCUUCGCUACGAUGUUCACAUCCCACUCCACUCAGUCGGGGUCAGCUUUCGCGGCCUUACUAGUGAUGGUCUGGCAGGUGCUUUUCUUCUUCCUGCUUGCCUGGUACUUGGACCACGUGUACCCGGGCCAGUACGGGCAGGCGAUGCCGUGGUAUUUCCUCUGUCAGAAGCAGUACUGGCGCAAGAACGACGUGACUCCCGACGAAGAGAUCGAGGAGUUGGAAGAGUGCGCGGAACAGGACCAGCGGUACUUCGAACCCACGCCGCCCGGCCAGGACGUCGGCAUCAAGAUCAUGAAUGUCACCAAGGUGUUCCCUAAGCAGCGUGCAUUGCACAACGUAUCACUGGACGUCUUUAAAGGCGAGAUUACUGUAUUACUGGGACACAAUGGAGCGGGGAAAACCACGCUCAUGAGCAUUAUUACUGGUAUGUUAAGCGCGACAGAAGGCAAGGUUUACGUAUGUGGUUCGGAAAUGCGGCCUCAACAGGACGCGGCUCGACAACGACUAGGACUGUGCCCCCAACACAACCUGUUCUUCCCCGAUCUUACAGUACUCGAGCAUGUCAUGUUCUUCACGCUGCUGAAAGGCGGUUCCUUCGCUGAAACUCGCACUUCUUCAGAAAGCUUGCUCGACAAACUCGGAAUUCUGGACAAGAUGAACAGUAUGAGCUCUGAACUAUCAGGCGGUAUGAAGAGAAGAUUACAGCUAGCUUGUGCUUUAGCGGGCGGCGCUGAUGUGCUUAUACUGGAUGAACCCACUUCUGGGCUUGACGUCGAGACAAGGCGAGAACUCUGGGAUCUUCUGCUGGCGCUCCGUGGUUCCCGCACGGUGCUUUUGUCGACUCACUUCAUGGAGGAAGCUGAUGCGCUGGGCGAUCGAGUAGCGGCGCUGCACGCGGGGAAGCUGCGCUGCUUCGCCACCCCGCUGUACCUGAAGAAAGCCAUCGGUACCGGCUACCGUCUAACAUUCACUACAAUCGGCGUACCGAACGAAGAGGCCAUAACUCGCGUGGUGACGUCACAAGUACCCGACGCCACCGUCAAAGAGCAAUCCUUCAACUCCAUAUCCUACAACCUGCCAGCCACGAGCAGCGACAAGUUCCCAGAACUGUUCUCCAGCUUGGAAUACAAACGGCCUGAGCUCAGCAUAGACUCGAUCGGUGUUGGCAUUUCCACGCUUGAAGAGGUUUUCUUGAGAUUAUGCAGUGACGUCGACACAACGUUGACAAAUGAUGACGUCGAUGGCGUAGGAGGUGACUCGAUUUCAACACGUAACCGGCUAACUGGAGUUCUGCUGUAUCUUCGCCAGUUCCUCGUGCUCUUCAAGAGGCAAAUCAACUAUAUACUUUACAAGAAAAUGUGGUUUCUGAUACUGCAAGUCAUCUUACCCAUACUAAUGAUCGUGCUGUUCACUUUAAACUUCAACAAUGCUGAAGUGGAAAUGAGGAAUAACUUGACACCGCUAAACCUGGACAUUUACGAUAGUAUGGGAGAUAAGCGCGUUCUAUACAAUGUAAAUUUCCCAGAAGUGACCUUGCGUACAAUCAGCGACAGAUAUCCUGGAGUAAUCUUCGAGAACACCACGAAUGCAGCUGAAGCGGUCGUACGUUUCGCUAGACGAGACACCAUUGAUUACAACAAAUAUUUGAUUGGAAUCGAGCUGAAUAAUACUGAUGCAAAGGUGUUAUACACAACGAUAGUACGACACGCGGCCCCAGUAGGCCUCAACUUAUUGUCGAACCUGGUAGCUAACAGUUUGCUGCCUUGGUCCAAUGGGAAUACAAUAGUGACCAACAAUCACCCCCUAGACACGCAGCGUGGGGAACGCAGGCCUGAAAUAGUGGAACCCAAGCCGAUAGCAGCUGCUAUCUUUUGGGUGGUCACCGUUGUUUUCAUAAUCCUCGCAACGGCUGUGAACUCAGCCUCUCUGGUCUGCAAGGAACGCGUCACCGGCGCUAGACACCUCCACAUAAUGAGCGGCGCUUCAUGCGGUGUGCACUGGGGCACCACCCUCACCGCUCACACCGCGGUGGCGGCGCUGACCCUGGUGCUGCCCGCUGCCGUCACCGCCGCCGCCGCGGACCGAGACCAAACUUUCACCGCGCCGGCCUUCAUACUGACACUUGCAACGGUGCUGCUAUUGGGCUGCAUGGCGUUCUUCGCCCUCAUGUACCUGGUGAGCUUCUUCUUCGCUGAACGCGGUACCAGUAUCAUACUGGUCAUCAUAGCGUUGCUGUUCGGUCUGAUACUACCCGGCGUGAAAUCCGCCAAAGACCUAUUCAAAAUGAACGAGUCGAAGUCUUUCACGGAUUACCUUCUUCUAAUAUCCAGCUACGUGAUGCCUCCGCAUACUUUAACUAUGGCAGCGAGUGAGACAGUGGUUACCGCGAGACUUAACGCUCUAUGCACCCUCAAUAGAGACAAAUGCCCUAUUCUACUGGUGGCUGAACACGGCUUCGACCCUGAUGCCUGCUGCGAGUCUACGGGCAACAUGAACUGCUACUUCUGCUAUGAAAAGAACGCCCCAGGUCCCAUGAUAGUAUGUCUGUUUGUGCAGUUGAUCGUUUACAUGAUCCUGGUAUGCCUCAUGGAGAAAGGUGUAUUCAAGUGGAUGUACGAAUCGGUAAUGAAUGCUCGUUACCAACCGCCGCCGCCGCGACGCCUCGAUGAAAUGGGUCGCGCUGAAAGAGCCUACGUCACCAAGGCGAUCGCACUACCAACCAAGCAAAUUCCGGACGCAAUGCUGGUAUCGGACCUGCACAAAAACUACAGAUUUUUAAACAAAUCGUUUCCCGCAGUUAAAGGAAUCAGUUUCUCUGUUAAAAAAGGCGAAUGUUUCGGUCUUCUGGGCGUGAACGGCGCUGGCAAGUCCACAACGUUCCAGAUGCUGACUGGCGAGCGCUGUCCCACGCGUGGGCAAGUGUUCGCCAACGGACACCAUCUCAAAGGAUACGCCUCUGAGUAUCUGCACAGUCUCGGCUACUGUCCACAAUUCUUCGGGUUGGACGAGUUCCAGACGGGAGCAGAGAACCUCGAGCUCACUCUAACGCUGCGAGGUCUCAGCGCCGACGCUGUGAAGUUAGAAGCAGCCUCCUGGAUAGAAGUCGUCGGUCUACAGAAAUACGCGAACCGCUUCGUAGGCGGUUACAGCGGCGGUUGCAUGCGUCGUUUAGCCGCAGCCUCCGCUCUCGCAUGCGGCGCCCCUCUCACUCUACUGGACGAACCUACGGCCGGCGUCGACGUGGCGGCUAGAAGACGAGUGUGGGCAGCUUUACGUCGAGCUAUUACUCACCAACGGGCCGUCAUCAUCACCUCGCACAGUAUGGACGAAAUGGAAGCGCUCUGCAACCGCAUCGCCAUAAUGUCAAUGGGCGAGAUUUGCGCUUUGGGCUCCCCCGCCGCCCUACGUGCCGCCCACGCUGCCGGCCACGCCGUCAUCAUCAAGGUGACGUCACAAUCAACAACAGGAGACGAGACUGAUUCUGGAAACUCGCAACUGAACAAAUUGAAAGGCACGUUAAGGCAGAAAUUCAACUGCACCUUGAAGGAUGAACACAAGACGAUGCUCCACUACCACAUCAACGAGACGUUGCAAUACAGCGAACUGUUCCGUGAGCUGGAGGAGCUCAAGGCUGCAUUCCCGUUAGUGGAGGACUACUCGGUGACAGAGACCACGCUGGAGGAGGUGUUCCUCUCUUUCGCACGCCCGCAACCGUCGCCGCCCCCCUCCCGCCCCGUCUAGCAGCAUGGCGGUUGGUUGGGACAAACAAGUUGGAUAGCGCGGAUCAAGGCACAUACGACGCGCUAACACUCCCUUAACGUACUGAGGCAAGUUUACGUCAAUUGUUACCUAAAUAUUAUAUUACAUGGGAUAUUUCUUUAUUUCUAUGUAAGAGAUUAACUGAACAUUCCCAAAACCAAUAAAAAAAAUAACCUCUCUACCAGUACACAGAGAAGUAGAAGAAAUAAACUUUAAUGUUUGUUCAGAUGUUUGCUUUUUGUGCAAUGACAAUAGAAUAAGUAUAAAUUUUUAUGUUUCUGUGGAUGAUCGUAAAGACAUACAUCCCUGAAAGGUUUGGGGCCGUUCAAGUAUUACGUAAGCAAGUUUAUUACAAUUAUUUACCCCCUCCUCCGCCUUGUCAGCAAAAGUAAGCAAAGCUCUUACCCCUCCCCACCACCCCUAUAUACAUUUUUCCUUUAAUGUAUUCUGUUUUUUUUAUUGAUUCAUGAGCUUUCAUGAGCUUCAUGACCAGCAGUACUUAGAAAGGCUUAAUCGAUGACGCUGACGUAAUCACCAUCUCUACCCCCCCCCCCCCCCCCCAAGUCAUCAAAAAUAAGCAAAUCAGAGACCCCCCUGCCCCCCUAUAGUGCUUACGUAAUACUUGAACAGCCCCUUUGGACAUAGGAUAAUCAUCGCUCUAAUAUUAACUAACAGGCUUUAAUAAUUUUAAAGAUUGACAUCUUUGCAGUUACCAGACGCACUAUUACAGAGAUCAAACUUAAUAAGUAAUAAAUCAUAAACGAACAAAUAUUUUUCAGUAUCCCUCAUAUAAACUUAUUGCACUAAAAACAUCUUUAUUAACAGUAUAGGCAAAUACCCUUUAAUAUUUUAUUAUUAAGAAACGUAGAUCCAGUAUUUAAAAACAUUUUUGGGCAAAGACAAAUCCAAAUCGUAGGGGCUAGUCAAUAACUUCCUGUUUUUACAUUGAAAACCAAAGCUAAAACAAUUAAAUAGUUACCCACAUAUGGGACAGUUGAACUUGGAAGAGUGUGUGGCAUUCUAUCUCACUGAUGACACUGGUGUCGAUUCUGACAUGAUUCUCUUAACCUAAACUUAAAUUUGACAAUAGUGUAUCCUUGUUAUUCUUUAUACGCCAAAAUCGACACCACUGUCUAUUUAAUUCUGAAUAAGCUGUUGAAAAUAUAAAAAAUAUAUAUAGAUAAUUAUUAUCAAUCUAUAUUUAUUUAAGUGUCAACCGUAACAAAUGUAUUUCGAAUUAUUUAUUGUAGUUUUAGAAAGAUGAUCUUGUGUUUAAGUUAGGUACUAUGCAUGAUAUGAGGUAGAUAUAAUAUGUAUUCUAUAGUACUGUCAGUUUCAAACAAAUUUAAUAGGAAUGCAAUUUCACUUUUUAGGUAUUUUCUGAGAAGUACAGUUUAUAUUUUUAACUUCACAUUUAUUUAUUAUUAUUAUCAAUUUUAUUUUUCAUUAAAUCAUCAGCGGAAUUCGAUUCUAUAUGUAAAAACUAUAUGUUAUAUAUAUGAAGACGAUUCUAUUAUACGCAACACUAUGUGCCUAUAAUAUAACCUACAAAAAUAUUAUAUUGAAAGAACCACAAAGAUAAUAUUUGGUUUGAAACAGUCUGUAACUUUCAAAUGUAUCACAUUAUUUUGUCACAUUAUUUAAUUAUAUGUCAUAUUGUUAAGACUACAAAGUUGAGUUUUGAGAAGAAAUAGUUUUAAAACUACUUUUCAUUAAACCAUUGUUUUCCAAGACGCUAUUAUAAUGAUCUCAAUUUACAUCAUUCCUAAUAAGCUGGUUCAAUUAUAAACAUUUUGCUGGUGUUUUAUGGGUGUUUGUAAUGAAGUUUGUUUGAGGAUUAGAGACUUCAUAAUUUCGAGGAUAAAAGUCUUAGAAUAAUUAAACACAAAAAUACUAAUGCAAUUUUAGGAAAUUUUAAAAGACAUUUUCAAUGUUUAAUUAUAGAAACGUUUACGUUGGCGAUAAUACGAACACUCAUCUGUCAAAGUGUGUGCUUGGGCUACUGUUAUUUCUAUUCUAUUAAUAGCGAAGGUUUAAUAGGCAAGCUUUGAUCAACAAGACUAAAGGUAUCGCGCGUAAAAUCCGUCUCGGUUAAUAUAGCCUCACUUGAAGCGUAAGAUCCUAUUUUUAAUAAGUUCGAUUAAUACGCUACACAGCCAAUGGGUCGGUCGGUAAAAAUACGGAAUAACAUAACGCUAUUUGUAACUUUAUUCCUUUGUGUUUAUCUUGGUUAAUUGGGAAUCGAAUGCAGCUGAAAAGUAUUAGCCACAUGGAUAGUUUUUAAUAAUUAUGAUGAUGAUACAAGGGGGAACACAUUCAUUAGACAGCUAUAAAAUUUCGAAACUGGGC